AAAACCCCAGCCUCUCGGUGGCCAUGAACGCCAGGAUCAUCGGCUCGGGAGACCGUACGAUGGUCCUGGCUCAUGGAUUCGGGGGAGACCAGACGGUAUGGGACAAGGUUCUUCCGGUCCUGUCGGAAUCUUUCAAGAUCCUCGUGUUUGACUGGCUCUUCUCCGGAGCCGUCAAAGACCAAACCCUUUACGACCCUUUCAAGUAUACUUCCUUCGAACCCUUUGCGGAAGAUCUCAUCCUUCUAAUGGAGGAAAUGAGAUCCGGAUCCUCGGACCGACCCGUGAUCUUCGUCGGACAUUCCAUGUCGGGUAUGAUCGGCUGCGCUGCUUCCGUUAAACGUCCCGAGUUGUUCGAACGGCUUGUUCUUAUCGCUGCUUCUCCAAGGUACAUAAACUCCGAGGAUUACAAAGGAGGGUUCGACACAAAAGAUAUAGAUACGAUAUUCUUCGACAUCGAAUCCAACUACGAGGCUUGGUCAACGGCCUUCCCAUCGGUCACCGUUGACCAUAGAGACUCUGCCUCGCUCCAAAGGUUCGUGAAAUGUCUAAAGAGGAUGAGACCCGACACGGCUCUUGCCUUGGCCAAGGUCGUGUUCGCCAGCGACGAGAGGGAACUGCUCGGCCACGUGUCACUCCCUUGCCACAUCAUACAACCCGGAAACGACGUCGUUGUGCCGACCUCCGUGGCGUAUUACAUGGCGGAGAAGAUAAAGGGGAAAUCGACGGUGGAGAUCAUCGGAGACGCCCAAGGGCAUUUUCCUCAGAUGACGUCACACCUGGAGCUGCUUGACGUCAUGAGGCGCAUUCUGGGGUUUUGAUGUUUAAAUCUUGUUUCGUCUGUAUAAUAAUAAUAAUAUUUACCAAGGUCUAUAAGUACUUGUGUGUGUAUUUAGUUGGACCGCUAGUAUUAUUCUUAAUUAUCAUAUAUACAUAUGGAUUGGAGUGAGAUUAUCUUAUUUCGUCUAUUAUAUUCGAUU